UUGUAUGUUUUUCAUAGCAGAAAUGCCCAGACAAUUCGCAAAGUUAAACAUGUCUGAAGUUGAUGAAUCCGUGCGACUCUUAGCUGAAAAGGUUUUUGCCAAGGUUCUUCGAGAAGAAGAUAGCAAAGAUGCCUUGUCUCUUUUCACCGUGCCUGAAGAUUGUCCAAUCGGGCAGCAAGAGGCCAAAGAAAGAGAACUUCAGAAGGAAUUGGCAGAACAGCAAUCUUUGGAAACUACCAAAAGGAAGAAAAGUUUCAAGAUGAUUCGAUCCCAGUCCUUGUCAUUACAAAUUCCAUUGCAAGACUGGAAACCUCCAUCAGCUACUCCGGCUGUGUCUCCUCCUACUCCAGUUCUUCCAGGUGCCUUUCAGUCUAUCCAAGGGACAUACGAUGUACCAGAAUUUCAAAGAGUUACAAUUAGUGGGGAUUACUGUGCUGGGGUUACAGUUGAUGAUUAUGAACAAGCUGCCAGAAAUUUAGCAAAAGCUUUACUUAUUCGAGAGAAGUAUUGCCGCUUUGCUUACCAUCGUUUUCCAAGGACAACAGCACAAUAUUUAUGCAGUAUGAAAAAUGAAAAGUGGAAAAUUGAAGAUGAAGUACUUCCAGAUUUCCAUCCACCACCAAAGGAACUGCAGGAUCCUUACAAUCUUGAUGACUCUCCGGGGAACUUGGACUAUGUUGUAAAGAUGAAGGAAGGCAUCUUUUUAGUUUUUGAAAACAAAGACAUGAUGGAACUUUUUGAACCACGAAGUUUGCCUUAUCCUGAUCUACAGACCUACACUCUUGACCUCAGCCAUGUACUGGCUCUUAUUGCCGAUGGCCCAACGAAAACAUAUUGCCACAAGCGGCUUAACUUUCUAGGAUCUAAGUUUGGUUUACAUGAAAUGCUAAAUGAGAUGUCUGAACUAAAAGAACUGAAGAGUAACCCUCAUCGAGAUUUUUAUAAUGUAAGAAAGGUUGAUACCCAUAUCCAUGCUGCUGCUUGCAUGAAUCAGAAACAUCUGCUGAGGUUCAUUAAGCACACUUAUCAGACUGAACCCAACAGGAUAGUUGGAGAAAGAAAAGACAAGAAGCUGACUUUGAAGCAGGUGUUUGAAAGCCUACACAUGGAUCCCUAUGACUUCACUGUAGACUCACUAGAUGUCCAUGCAGAUCGCCAGACAUUUCACCGGUUUGAUAAAUUUAACUCCAAAUAUAACCCAGUUGGUGCAAGUGAGUUGAGGGACUUGUACUUGAAAACAGAAAACUAUCUUGGUGGUGAAUAUUUUGCUCGGAUGGUGAAGGAAGUUGCCCGUGAACUAGAAGAAAGUAAAUACCAGUACACAGAACCUCGGCUGUCUAUUUAUGGGCGUUCUGCAGAUGAGUGGCAGAAUUUGGCUAAGUGGUUCAUAAGGCACAAAAUUUAUUCACCUCAUAUGCGCUGGAUUAUUCAGAUCCCAAGAAUCUAUGAUAUAUUUAGGGCAAAAAAUAUUUUGCCUAACUUUGGGAAAAUGCUGGAAAACAUAUUCUUACCUCUGUUUGAAGCAACCAUCAACCCCUUGGAUCAUAAAGAAUUACAUCUUUUUCUUAAAUUUGUGACAGGGUUUGAUAGUGUGGAUGAUGAAUCAAAACACAGUGAUCACAUGUUCUCUGAAAGGAGCCCCCAUCCUGAUAUUUGGAUUAGCGAAACAAAUCCUCCAUAUAGCUAUUAUUUGUAUUAUAUGUACACAAACAUCAUGGUUCUCAACAACCUUAGAAAGGAGAGAGGCAUGAGCACCUUCUUGUUUCGACCUCAUUGUGGAGAAGCUGGAUCUAUAACUCACCUGGUAUCCGCUUUUCUAACUGCAGACAAUAUUUCCCAUGGAUUGCUCCUGAAGAAGAGUCCAGUUCUCCAGUAUCUUUAUUAUCUUGCACAAAUCCCCAUUGCCAUGUCUCCUCUUAGCAACAACAGCUUAUUCCUGGAGUAUUCAAAAAACCCAUUGCGAGAAUUCUUGCACAAGGGACUGCGUGUUUCUCUGUCCACAGAUGACCCCAUGCAAUUCCACUAUACCAAGGAAGCACUGAUGGAGGAAUAUGCCAUAGCAGCCCAAGUUUGGAAACUGAGUACUUGUGACCUGUGUGAAAUUGCAAGAAACAGUGUACUACAAAGCGGUUUGUCACACAAGGAAAAACAGAAGUGUAUAGGUCUAAAUUACUGUGCUGAAGGCCCAGAAGGAAAUGACAUUAGAAAGACAAAUGUGGCACAGAUUCGAAUGGCUUACAGAUAUGAGACUUUAUGCAAUGAACUGAGUUUUCUGUCUGAUGCGAUGAAGACAGAAGAGAUUACAGCACUGUCAAAAUAGCCACAACUAAGCCUGAACAAAAGAGAGAAUGUAAGCUUUUGCAGGACAGAAAGUCGUCUGAUCAUCAGAAUUCUUAAGUUACAUCAGAAUCGCUACAAAACCAGUUUCUUCUGCAAGUGCUUACCUCAAAUAGGAUUGCUAUAGUUGCCAAGAUGCAGGCUUCUAGCUAUGUGGUUUAAUGCAUUUAAAAGUACAUUUUAACUCUAGUCAUUAUAGGUUUGCAUCUCAAGAUACAUAACAUUCUGCUUUGAAAAAAGGGACACGGGACAGUAAUUUUUGGUAGCACACAUGGACCAGUUUUCUCACAAUUUUUCUCAGAUUGGAUUGAUGGCACUUUAAACUUUAACUUCUGUUUAGAUUUCAGAUGUCUGAUUGUACACAGUACUGAAGUGUCCGUUAGUUAACAAAGACUAUCCUGAAUUUAGAAACUAAAAUCUAAUAUAACCAAAGAUCAGCACAUUGCUCCUAGAUGUUUAGUGGACAUACUUGGCUUUUCUAGAUGGGCCCUUUAAUUGAAGAGUAAUUUGAUAUGGUAAUUUCCUGAGGCAUCAAGGUAUAAGCCAGAUACCUGAAAAAUGCAAACCAGUUGUUGAUAUAUCCACCAGGAUUUGCUAUGUGAUCCAGUAGAGCUUUUUCAGUUCAACACAUCCAUAUCAACUUUCCACUUUAUUCACCAUUAUGAGACUUGUUCCACCCCCUUGAUUUUUUCAAUAUA